AUGUCAUUUCCAGGAAAUGGCGUCCAGGAGUCGCCAGAGGCGCAAAUUCGGAGGAUGAAAACAGGAAUGAACUACCGCUUCCAUGCGGAGACUGCCGCGGAAAGUCCUGGGCCAGCUCCAGUGGCACAACCGGACCUCAACCGCGAGACGGACCGGCGCCGCCGCAGAUCCGUCCAAGAGGGCUCCGUCAGCGACGUGCCCAUCACAAAACCACCCAAACCGGGUCCUGGCGGGAAUCUCUCCCCGAGUCCAAGAAGUGAAUACAGGGACACCUUCCGUCCGCCGCCCACGCCUUUGACAAAGCGAGAGGGAGCUGGGCAUGGUGGAAUCGAGAGCGAGGCGCGCAUUGGGAGCCCAGAGACAUAUCCGAGAGUCAUUCCAGCGGCGCCUUUGCUGCUUCCUAGGUCUCUGUCGACAGAAAGACCAAUGUCUCCUGGGUGGCAAAGGCCGAGGUUGGUGGAACACCCCAUGGUAGCACCGUGGAUGCAAAGUAGACUGAGUCCGCGCAAUCUGCCAUCUUCAAUUCAAGUCACCCAGGUCUUUUCUCCGGGUAGGGUGGGCCAACUGGGCCAAGUGGGCCAGCUGGGACUGGGCUGGAGCAGCCAGAGCUUUCGCCGCAUGUCACUUCCGCCCGAGAGGCCAACUUGCUUUGCAUACGGGCCGUCUUUUCACAUGGAAUCAGUCCCAGUCCAGGCAGAGCAAGCUCAAAGCAGUGAAUAUUUUGCGGACAUGUCUCAACUGUUUCGACUUGGAUCUGUUGUGCUUGUUUCGUGGCACCUAAGUGGCCUCCUACAUCCUGCAAGUCUUGGAUACAUCCGAAGCGCAAAACAAGAACCUAUGGCACUGGGCAGGUGCAAGGGUGCAGAUGCCCCAGACAUCGAUGCUUGGAGCCCCAUUCUGGUCAACCUGUUCAACAAUUUCAGGCAGGGCAUUUCAGUGGUCGCCUCCUCCCAUCCAGAAGCACCGGGCACACAAUACGGAUGUGCCAGAUUUGCCCAGGGCUGCGCAGAAACCGCUUUGUCUGGGACAGCGAAGUCAUGCGAAAUAUUUCAACGCCAAGGCAUAAAACUACCGAAUCAUUUUUCCAAAUCCAAUGCCCGAUCGAAGGAAGUUUAG